AUAAAUAUAAUAAUACAAACUUCUGCAUUAAUUCUGUAUCAUAUAAAGUUUUUAUAUUAAUCUCAUAGAUAUUAAGAAAAACCUUAAGAGAUACCUUUAGAGGUAACAGAAACUUGUUUAAUUGCUGUUCCGAGUCUAAGCCUCAAGUCGCAGCACUUUCUGCAGUGGCCCCCAGGUGAGGGCAUGUUAGCAGCCAUCGCAGCAGCAGCAGCGGUCGGAGAAGCAGCAGCAACAUUAGAGCAGUAGCAGACUAAGCCCCGCUACCCCAAGGUCAUCCCAGUUCCGAACCGAUCCGUCUAUCCCAGUCAGCCAGACAUGAACUCGAACUCCUGUAGCGACAGCAGCAACGAGUCCAUGGCCAAUCAGCUCCAGAUCAACUUUGGCCAGCAGACCCAGCAGCCGGGAAAGCAGCAGCAACCCCAGGAGCGUUAUGUCUGGGAGAUGAGAACUCGCAGUCCGAAUGUCACACCAGCCAGCACCGUUCUGAACUCACCGGAUCUGAAUGCCGAGCUGCCGUAUGUUCCCAUGCAAGGGCAGUCUCCAUCCGUGGGCGGUGGUCAAGGACUACCCGGUUACGGGCUAUCUUCGGGCCGAGACUCGGGCAAUUACUACUACCAGCGGCCGCACUUGCACCAGAUCCGACUGGGAAGGAGUCCGGGCAGCCAGUUCGAGUCCCGGGAUGCCCUGCCCCAGGGACUGGCCAGUCCCGGAUCUCCAACGGAUGUGGGCAAGGCGGACGGACAAUGCCUGAGGGAUGGCGAGAUCGUGGUGUUCGAUGAUAUCGACACCAAUUGGAUGAACAAGGCUUCGAGUGGCCAGAGACCACUGGGCAGCAACGAGGAUGUCCUUAAGGUGACCAAAAUGAUUGGCCAGCUGCCCAUUGCCGAGUAUGAAGGAUCUCCACGUCGAUUUGGCGGUAAUCAACCGAACAGCACCAUCCUGGGCGGUCCUCGGAAACGUCCGCCGGGAUUUCCCCAAAGAGUUUCUCCCACAACCAGCAACACUCACACUACAGCUAAUUCGGUGUCGGCAAAGGCAUCCGUGGGCAAUCUCAUUGAUCUAAUUGAUCAUGAGGAAGAUCGAGGCUCCAGGACGGUGCGAGAGGAGAAGACCCCAACAUUCGAUUACUUGUACGAGUUCUCGGAGACGCGAAAGGUGCUGGAGGAGUUCUUCAAGGCGAAUCCAGAGGACGAAAAGCGCUUUACGGACUACACCACGGAGAGUGGCGACGAUGUGGCUAGUUCGCAACUGGAGUACCCGAGCACACCCAUGGAACAGGCGUACAUUGGGCAGCGGCUGGCGAGAAUUCCCAAGGACGAUGAGCUGUUCAUGGUGCACAGAUCGCCCACCAAAAAGCCAGCACCCAGUGACCCAAAUCCAUCGAUCCACAAUCCAUACCAGGAGCAGCACAACGACAUUGAGCUGUAUAUCGAUUCGAAUAGCCGCAGCAGCGGUGAUCUGGCUGACACGGAACUGGAGGCAAAUCUGCGACGGCACUCGCGGAACUUCACCCUGUCCCCGGAGACCACGGACUAUGAUUCGAACUGUGGUGAUCUGGAUAGUUUGUCCAACGACAUCAACUGCCCCACGGAUUAUGGCAAGUUGUACACGAGUAUGCCGGUGCUGGAGGAUGGUUUGAGCAGCGGUCACGCCUCCGAUACCGAGAACAAUGUAUCCGUGAUCUGCGACAAACAGCAUUCAGAGUCUCAAUCCCAUUCCCAAUCCCACUCCCAGCCAGUGGUGCUCGAGCACAACGGGAACGGGGAGCGAUUGGAGAACGAGUAUAAUGCAAUGAGUGCCAGCAUGGCGACUCUAACCACAGAUGCCUCUCAAUCGGCGCUGAUAAGUGAUUUCGCCUCGUUGCCCAUGCCCAUGCCCCCGGGACCGUCGCCGCUGACGCCGCCUCAAAUAGAGAUUGCGGAUCCCAGUGAGUCGGUUAUACCCUCAGAUGGCGAGAACCCGCUGGACAGUCACUACGGUGCGGUAUAUGCCGCGGCUUUGGGAGGAGACUCAGGAUCGGUUGUGGAAAAAUCAGGGUUAGGUUCUGGAACAGUGCAGCCUCAGCCGCUGCAGGAAAUCCAAGAGGCCAUGAAGGAGAUACGUUCGGCGUUGCAGCGGGCCAAGACGCAACCGGAGAAGCUCAAGUUUUGCGAUGAGGUUCUGCCGCCGGAUCCCGAUUCUCCCGUUUGGGUGCCACGUAAGGGAGCUGUCCCAGCUCCGACUGUUGCACUGACCGAGGAGGAACCGGACACGGAUCUGGAGACGGAUCGAUUGCUGGGUCAGCAGCAGCAACAGGACUUCUUUUCCGAUCAGCCUCUGGCAGCGGACAGCAAUGCGAAUGAGGACACAGAGAUCGCAGCUAGCAAUGGCCACCUAAAUAAUGGUGCCUUGGACAACAACAACCCGAAUCCGAACUCGAAUCCUAUGUGCAAUCUCAAGCCGCAUACCUAUUCUACGUCCACCAUACGCCAAGGUAUCGGCACCUCGCUGACGCCCAAUUCACCGGACAUCUGUCAAAUAGUGGGCACAUCGGCAGCAGAUAUCCGGACAUCCAUAAGUUCGCCCGAGAAGCUGCAGCAGUAUACCAAAAGUCCCACGGGUUCCAUCAAGUCGCUCAAGGAUUCGGCUAACUCGGACAAGAAGGCCAAGUCUCGGAACAAGGAGGGUUUUUUGGAACCCAAAGUUCUUAUCGAGGGCGUGCUAUUCCGAGCCAGAUAUCUUGGAUCGACGCAGCUGGUGUGCGAGGGUCAGCCAACAAAGUCGACCAGGAUGAUGCAGGCCGAGGAGGCUGUCUCCAGGAUCAAGGCUUUGGCUCCCGAGGGUGAGAGUCAGCCGAGCACUGAAGUGGACCUGUUCAUAUCAACCGAAAAGAUAAUGGUGCUGAACACAGACCUCAAAGAGAUCAUGAUGGAUCACGCUCUGCGCACCAUAUCCUAUAUAGCCGAUAUCGGUGACCUGGUGGUGCUAAUGGCGCGUCGCAGAUUCGUGCCCAAUAGUGUGACGACGGAGCCCACUGUUGUUGCCUGUCCGACUGGUGAUGCGGUGCCGGGUACUCCGGGAAUUGGAUUAGGUGAGGAGGAGUCGCUCCCAAAGGAACAGCAGCAGCAUAGCAAGCACAGUAAUCGCACGCCCAAGAUGAUCUGCCAUGUCUUCGAGAGCGAUGAGGCGCAGUUUAUCGCUCAGUCCAUUGGACAGGCCUUCCAGGUGGCCUACAUGGAGUUCCUCAAGGCAAAUGGCAUCGAGAACGAAAGCCUGGCCAAGGAGAUGGACUAUCAGGAGGUGCUCAACAGUCAGGAGAUAUUCGGUGACGAGCUGGAGAUCUUCGCCAAAAAGGAGCUGCAAAAGGAGGUGGUUGUGCCGAAGGCUAAGGGCGAAAUCCUAGGCGUUGUUAUUGUCGAGAGCGGCUGGGGCUCCAUGCUGCCAACGGUGGUGAUAGCCAAUCUAAUGUCCACUGGAGCGGCAGCUCGCUGCGGUCAGCUAAAUAUUGGCGACCAGCUAAUUGCCAUCAACGGCAUGAGCCUGGUGGGAUUGCCGCUGUCCACCUGCCAGAGCUACAUACGCAAUGCCAAGAACCAAACUGCCGUCAAGUUCACCGUUGUGCCCUGCCCGCCAGUCGUCGAAGUGAAAAUACUGCGGCCCAAGGCGCUGUUCCAACUGGGAUUUAGCGUCCAAAACGGGGUGAUCUGCAGCCUUUUGCGCGGAGGCAUCGCCGAGAGGGGCGGAGUACGGGUCGGCCACCGCAUCAUUGAGAUUAACAAUCAAAGUGUUGUGGCCGUUCCACACGAUACCAUUGUCAAACUGUUGUCAUCCUCAGUGGGCGAGAUCCUGAUGAAGACGAUGCCCACGUCCAUGUUUCGUUUGCUCACCGGCCAGGAAACGCCCAUCUAUAUAUAAAUAUUUAAAAUAUAUAUAUAUAAAUUUAUCUGCUCACACACCAAGCCGCACUUCUUCGCUGAAACGAAGCACACUGCAAUGCCGGAAAGCCACAGCAUGCCGAUCAGCAUCAAGGGUUCGAACGAAUAUAAAAUUAAUUUAAUUAUUUGGAACUGGAAACCUUGAUUUGAUCGAUUCAAUCGCUGUUUUCAAACUCUGUUAGCAAAAUGUGUAUACUUUUUUUUUAACUCAACUUGAUCUUAUUUAUCUUUCUCAGAAAUCUGUUUUCUGUAUAUCUAAAAACGGUUAAUACAUAUUGGCGAGAAGCCUUUACAUGA